GCCAGCCUAUAUAGUCUUGUUGUAAAGUAGCAAUACUUUUGCUGUCCCGACUGAUCUUUCUUUUAGCUGAGAGAAAUUCAGAGUCCUGCUUGUUGAUGUCAAACUGUAUCUCACUGGAGUGCAGAAGUAGGUUGAUGCUAAAAUCUGGGUCAUCGGUCCCUUUUACACAUGUUCAGAGCUCCCGACAGGGGCAGCAGGAGUCUGUAACAAAACGCUCCACAUGGCAGCCGAAAGAGAGGACUGAAUACAGGCUAGAAUGAGAUGUGUGUGUGGGGGGAAUAGAGCAGAUGGAGCACCUGAUGAAAUUUGUGUUAGCCCCCAAAGCUGCCGUCAGAGGAACAGGAUGCAGGGACCGUCUAGCUGGUAAAUGCCUGCAGGCUGUCAAUGUGUGGUGUUCCUGGAGACAGUCUUUAAGGAGAAGUGUUUGGGGUGAGCUGCUGACCUCCCUGCAAGCCGGACCCGGCGUCCUAUCUCUGAUCUCCUGCCAAGGAGAUAGCAGUUGCUGCACACUCUACACCUGACCCCCACCCCUGCCCCGUCCCAUCCCUGCUGUCACCAUGGUGCUGUCACAGAGACAACGUGACGAGCUAAACCGAGCGAUAGCUGAUUACCUUCGUUCCAAUGGAUAUGAAGAGGCAUAUUCCGUUUUCAAAAAGGAGGCAGAAUUAGACGUGAAUGAGGAAUUGGAUAAGAAGUAUGCAGGUCUUUUGGAAAAGAAAUGGACCUCAGUCAUCAGAUUACAGAAAAAGGUGAUGGAAUUAGAAUCAAAACUGAAUGAGGCAAAAGAGGAGAUUAAUAUAGGUGGGCCAGUUGGACAGAAGAGAGACCCCAAAGAAUGGAUUCCCCGUCCUCCUGAGAGAUACGCCCUGAGCGGCCAUAGGAGUCCUGUCACCAGAGUCAUUUUCCAUCCUGUUUUCAGCGUCAUAGUCUCUGCCUCAGAGGAUGCAACAAUAAAGGUAUGGGACUAUGAAACGGGUGACUUUGAGCGGACCCUCAAGGGCCACACAGACUCUGUGCAGGACAUUUCCUUUGACCAUACUGGAAAGCUGCUAGCCUCCUGUUCAGCGGACAUGACCAUUAAGCUCUGGGACUUCCAGGGCUUUGAGUGUAUCAGGACCAUGCACGGGCAUGACCAUAAUGUUUCAUCUGUAGCUAUUAUGCCCAAUGGAGAUCACAUAGUUUCUGCCUCAAGGGAUAAAACCAUUAAAAUUUGGGAGGUGGCCACUGGGUACUGUGUCAAGACAUUCACCGGCCACAGAGAGUGGGUGCGCAUGGUGCGGCCCAACCAAGACGGGACCCUGAUCGCAAGUAGUUCUAAUGACCAGACGGUGCGCGUUUGGGUGGUGGCCACAAAAGAAUGCAAGGCGGAGCUGCGUGAGCAUGAGCAUGUUGUGGAGUGCAUUUCUUGGGCCCCUGAAAGUGCCCAUCCCACCAUCCUAGAGGCGACUGGCUCAGAGAGCAAGAAGAGCGGGAAACCUGGUCCUUUCCUGUUGUCUGGUUCCAGAGACAAGACUAUCAAGAUGUGGGAUGUUAGCACUGGCAUGUGCCUUAUGACACUGGUUGGCCAUGAUAACUGGGUGCGUGGGGUUCUUGUGCACCCUGGAGGAAAGUUCAUCGUGAGCUGCGCUGAUGACAAGACUUUGAGGAUCUGGGAUUACAAAAACAAGCGCUGCAUGAAGACCUUGAGUGCCCAUGAACAUUUUGUUACCUCUCUGGAUUUCCACAAGUCAGCUCCAUAUGUCGUCACCGGGAGUGUAGAUCAAACAGUAAAAGUGUGGGAGUGUCGCUGAUCGUAC